AAUCUCUAGAACCUCCCCAUCCUUCAACCGAAGCCUCACAACGCCCGUCGCAGACGUCCACCACCGACUCCUAGCCGUGUUCCAGACGCCCAAUUGCGCAAUUCAGUCAAAAUGGCCUUCGCCAACACCCUCUACAGGAGCCUGUUCUCCACCAACUACCUGAUGCUCGCGACCGUUUUCUCUGCCGGCUUCGCUUGGGAGAUUGGCUUCAACAACGUCAUGGACAAGGUCUGGGAUAACCACAACCGAGGCCGACAAUGGAAGGACAUUCGACACAAGUUCAUCGAGGGUGGCGAUGAGGACGAGGAAUAAAGAGGUUGACCGGGAAAUUGAUUAUCGAGCAACAAACGAGGCGAGGGACUGAAUCCAUGUCACUAGCCGUGUACAAAUUAGAAGAGAAUUAGAGGCAGGAUUUCACACACAAGGCUUCCCUAUAUCCUUUGG